AUCCCCAGCUCGGAGAAAAAAAGCAGCUCAAAAGUGCUUUUUUUCUCAGCAAGUCUGAACCAGUCAGCCUGGUGCCUCCUCCCUCCGGCUCACACCCUCCCUCCCACCGCUCCGGAGGAAUAUCCCAGCCUGCUCCCAAGUGCAGCUGGGCACCGGGGCAGCUCGGAGCCAGCCCACGGCGGUGUCCGCGCCCACCGGGCUGCGAGAGGAGCGGCGCCGGGAAGUUUGUGUGCCGGGGCCGGCAGCCGCGCUCCCGCUCUCCUGCCAGGCUGCAGUGGUUGAAGUGSCCGGGAUGGGGUCCCCGCACUGGAAAAGGCUCUGCCUUUUGCUCAUGGCAGGUUUAACAUCCUCUCUGCUCCUCUAUAGUCACUACUACGCUACGAUGGGGGCGCCCAGCAGCCAGAGGAUCAUAGCCAGCCUGCUGCAGCCGGAGCCGCUGGUCCUGGCUGCCUCGGGGACRUCACACAGAGCUGGCAGCCGCAGGUGGGCUCUCGGAGGCAACUUGGACAGUGGGAAUUCCUUCAAGCCCUCUGCCGAGCUGGAGGAGCCGGAGCCCAGCGGGAAGCAGCCCAGCCCCUGCCUGCACUCAGUGAUGGCCAGAGCAAAGGCUGACCCCAAAUUUCGGGAGAUCUUCCGCUUYGACACCCCUGUGCUGAUGUGGGACCAGCACUUCACCCUGGAGACCUGGAACAGGCUGAAGGCACGGCACGUCCCCUAYGGCUGGCAAGGCUUGUCCCUCGCAGUGGUGGGCAGCACCCUCCGGCUCCUCAACAGCUCGGCCAACCGGCACCUGUGGGACAGAGCCGCCUUCCCCGGGCGCUGCAUCCGCUGCGCCGUGGUGGGUAAUGGUGGCAUCCUCAACGGCUCACGGCAGGGCCGGGCCAUCGACAGCCACGACCUGGUGUUCAGGCUCAACGGGGCCGUGAUCAAAGGCUUCGAGGAGGAUGUCGGGACCAAGGUCUCCUUCUACGGCUUCACGGUGAACACCAUGAAGAAUUCCCUCAUCGCCUACGAGGAGUACGGCUUCACCCGCAUCCCCCAGGGCAAGGACCUGAAGUACAUCUUCAUCCCCUCGGAUGUCCGUGACUAUCUCAUGCUGAGAUCAGCCAUCCAGGGCAGCCCAGUGCCCGAGGGCUCGGACAAGGGWGAUGAGCCACACAAGUAUUUUGGACAGGAGGCCUCUGCAGAGAAGUUCAAGCUGCUGCAUCCAGAUUUCCUGCAGUACCUGACAGCAAGGUUCCUGCGGUCAGAGCUCCUCAACACCCAGUAUGGCUCCCUGUACAUGCCCAGCACUGGCGCCCUCAUGCUCCUCACUGCGCUCCACACCUGUGACCAGGUCAGCGCCUACGGGUUCAUCACRGCCAACUACGAGCAGUUCUCAGACCACUACUAUGAGGUGGAGAAGAAGCCUCUGGUGUUUUAUGCCAACCAUGACAUGAUGCUGGAGGCAGCACUCUGGAGUAGCCUGCACCGYGCAGGGAUCAUCACCCUCUACCAGCGCUGAGGCCAGGAGCUCGCCCACAGGGGCAAGUCCAAGGACUCCUGUGGCUCUUCUCCUUUUUCCUGAGGGUCACCUUCUCCCUCCCAAGGGCUCUUCCCAGCUGGCCAGCCAACCCAAAAGCAGAGCUGCUGCAACACAGCCAGCAGUGGUGUGAGGGUGACGCUGGUGGAGAAAUGUUCAUUUCCUYGGGGAUCAGUGUGACUGAAAGAGGCCUUUGGGGCACCCAGAAGCGCCACAGCACGUGGCUGUGAGCUGCCAGCCCCACAAACACAGCUGUGGGGCAGCAGUGACCCCGUGGAGAACAGGAGGGGCAGGGUAAUGCUGGAAGAGGAUGCUGGGAAAUGCCCUUCACCUUAAAUGCUCAUCACCACGGUGGCACCACAGCGGGCAGGAUAAAUCCCUGCACUGGAGACCAGGUGACAGGAGGUGGCACRUUUGGAGAACUCCUCCCUCCCAGACUGCAGAAUGUCCCAGCUCCAGGCAGCUGCAUAUGGAUGUGUGCCACGUUCCAGAAGGAUCUGCUCUCCUCCCUGGUCCGUGGCACAGACAGUGGGACAGACACGCAGCGGGCCCUGUCACUGUCCCCUGCUGGAGUCUGGUGUUUUCUGACAUCAGCUGUAAGGAGGGUCACAGCAGCUCAGCAAGGACACGAGGAACAUGUCCAGGCUCUGAGCAGCCCGGAGAUGAGGCUGGCCUCAGCCAUGUGGGUGCAGCACUGGGUUUGUUGGCUUUUCUUGCACAGGGACUCUGUGGGACCCUCUCAGAGGCAGCCCCACACCAGGUGGGUCAAAAUGAUCAUCAUUCUUAACAUCUUAACAUCCACUCAUCACAUCCUUCCCAAAACCCCAAGGGAGGGGAGGGUCCUGAAGCCUUCAGCUGUCCCUCAUACACCAGCACUGCUCAGGGAAACCCAUCUGGGGAGGCCYCUCCAGUGGGUGGGGGCUGGAGGGUGGACACACAUCAGUGUAACCCAAAACACUUUCCCACUUUGUGUAAUUACAUAAAUGUUGAAUGAUUGCUUUCCUUAAUGCCUCUUCCUGYUGUUUUCAUGAACUGGGUGGGUGGGAUCCCCUCUACCUCCCACAGCAGAGGAGCAGUAACAUGGAGCAGAGGCUUCACCUGGGGAGCAGCUCCUGAGGCAGAUGGGGAUGGGAACGGGUUAAAACCAUGGAGACUCAGACUGAGACCUGCUCGUUCUAAGCACGGCCCCAUUCCCACUUGAAAUGCUAUUUUCUGUACCAGGCUGCUGUACAGAGAUGGUAAAAGAUASCCUGGCCCUGAGCCAGGGAACCUCCAAAGCCCCUGAAGCUCCCAGCAGGCUGCUUCCAGCCGGUUCRCAGACGGCAGGUGAGGCUCCCAGCCUGUUCCAGAUGUAAUCUCUAGCUCGGGGCCCAUCUGGUGUUCCCACGUCUCAAGUUAACCUUUGUUCCCAUCRGAGUCACCUCACACUGGCACCACGGCAGCCUGUCAGGCCUGUUUUGUGUUCCCAAACACAGCAAAACCUUUCGUGACAUGAAUGAGCCUGAUCCUCACAUCCCCUUGGCCAAGACACUCUGCAACUUCCUCAAACCAGCUCAGGCCAAGCCUCAGGUGCCAUCAGCAGCACCCUGACACUCAGGGAGAGCAGGGAGGUGCUGUCAUGGUGCUGCAUCCUGCCUGGAAUCAUCAGUUCACAGGCACCACACAUGGGGAACUCACCACACACCUUCCUUUCCCCUCUCAAAAAGGGAAUUUCCCAGCCAAGGGUGGA